CUUCUUGGCAACCGCAGUUGACGGACAUCUGUUAAGUUAUUGCGGAUAUAUUUCUAAAACGGAAACGGAUACAAAAUUGUUAUCGAAAAUCUAAAUCCAUCAAUAUGACGACAUAUAUGAAAGUAUUUAACGAACGUUAUUUAACGUUAUCGAAAGGAGUGGAUGAAACUGUAGACAGUUGGUUUUUGAUGAGCUCGCCGGGACCUGUAUUUUCAAUAGUGGCUGUUUAUUUAAUAUUGGUUUUAAAAAUUGGACCGACGUUUAUGAAGUCACGCAAGGCUUACGCUUUAAAAAAUGUCAUGAUUGCUUAUAAUGCCUUUCAAGUGUGUUAUUCUAUAUGGAUGUGUCGCACGUCAUUACAAGAAAGCCGCAUAACAGAUACUUUGCUAUCCAAAAAAUGCGAAAUUGUUCGGACCCGUGAACAAAGUCUGAAUUUGUACUCUGGAGCCUGGUUUUACUUUUUCUCGAAAAUCAUAGAUUUAUUGGAUACUUGCUUCUUUGUGUUGCGUAAAAAACAAAAUCAGGUAACCUUCUUGCAUGUGUACCAUCAUACUAUCACAGCUUUAUUCUCGUGGAUGUACCUUAAAUAUGCUCCAGGCGAACAAGGCGUUGUAAUUGGUAUUCUGAAUUCCGGCGUACACAUUGUCAUGUACUUUUAUUAUAUGGUUUCUGCUAUGGGUCCUCAAUACCAAAAGUAUUUGUGGUGGAAGAAGUACAUGACCAGCAUUCAAUUAGUCCAAUUUGUUCUUAUCAUGGCUUAUAUGGUUACCAUUGCAUUGAAGGGCUGCAAUAUGCCCAAGACCCUUACUUUCUUCUUCAUUGGAAACACUUUGAUAUUCUUGUAUUUGUUUGGCAGUUUUUACAAAAGAACUUAUAAAUCAAAUCUUAACGGAGCGACAAAAGCUGCCAUGCACGCGGCUAACGGUAUGGGAUGUAUACCAUCGAAGGCAUUCUUGGCUCAGGGUGAUCAAAUGAAACGACUAAUCGACGUUAACAAUAACGCUAUUAAAUCUACCAAAGCGGAGUAAAAAUUAUGCUUCCUCUAUUUGCUGAAUGUAUUUUAUAUCUUGUUCAUCUUAUUUCUAUAUACAUUUGUAUGUAGGGACUUAUAUAUUCAUUACUUUAUUUUAAGAAAGUUCUACGAAUGAUAAAAAACUUUAAAUAUUCUUAGUUGUACUUUGGUCUGAUUAUAUACUUCUUUUUUUAUAUGUGGGCAUUUAUUUUUAUUAUUAUUAUUAUUGUAAUUAUUAUAAUUAAUUAUGUAUGUGUGUAUGAAUGAACGAAUGAAUGAUUGAAAUUCAUUGAGAGAAUGUGAUUGUAUGAAUAAGUGUAAAUAUGAAUGACUGUGUAAAGGAAUUAUUUUUAUAAAAAAUUUAUAUUUUAAUUUACUUCUUGUAUAAAUAAAAUGUGUACAUGCAUCAGUAUGUACGACAAUUUUUAACUA